UCUUCUUCCCUUUUCCGCCCAAUCCAGGCCCAGCCAACGGGGAGGGUAACUUGGCACCCGCCCAUCAUCAUCAUCAUCAUCAUCAUCAUCGGCCCUGGCAAGGAAUGUGGCUGCUUCGGAGAGAGAGAAGAAAGUGCAAAAGAAGGAGAAACGGAGAAGAAAAAGACAGAAAUCGGACCCAAAAGCAACCAUGAUGGGUCCGGAUGGGUCCGGAUGGCACCGUCCAAGCAGUGCCAGCAACCCUUUUGCAACAGAGCCCAGAUGUUGAACCUCCAAUUUUACCUGGGCGACAGGUAAAACCAAGUUGCCUUUGGACGGACAUAAGGCCUUACUGAGAAGAGAAACCUGUUUGUUGAAACUCGAAAUGCUCACCAUCAGGCUGCCACAGAUUUUCCGCAUCCACCAAGUACCACGAAUCUUUUGGGAAGAUGGCAUCAUCUCCGGCUACCGUCACCCCAAAAGUUCAGCGCUGGAUUGCGUCCUCAGCUCCUUCCAACUCAACAACGAGACCAUCAACAUUUGGACGCAUUUCCUGCCGACGUGGUACUUCUUGUGGCGGUUCCUGGGGUUGUCCUACAGCCUGGAUUUCUCCUGCGACGCCUACAGCUGGCCCUUCCUGGCCUACAUGUGGCUGGUCUGCCUCUACCCCUUCACCUCCUGCUGUGCCCACACCUUCAGCACCAUGUCCGCCCGCGCCAGGCACAUCUGCUACUUCUUGGACUACGGGGCCCUCAGCCUCUACAGCUUGGGUUGCGCUUUCACGUACGGGGCGUACGCCAUGCCCGACCGCUGGGUCAGCAGCACUUUGCACUACUAUUUUGUCCCCGUGGCCGCACUGAACUCCUUCGUCUGCACCAGUCUCUCCUGUUACUCCCGGUUCCUUGAACUCGAGUCUCCUCAUCUCAGCAAAAUCGCAAGAACGGCGGCUUUCCUUUACCCGUUUAUCUUUGACAACAUUCCACUCUUCUACCGGCUGCUGUUCUGUUUCGGGGAGGAUUGCGCCUGGAACGACUCGGUGCCCGGCUACUUCUACCACCUCUUCUUUGCCGCUCUCACCGGAUUCCUCUUUGCCUCCCAUUUGCCGGAACGCCUGGCGCCCGGGCGCUUCGAUUUCAUCGGCCACAGCCACCAGCUCUUCCACAUCUGUGCCGUGGUGGGCACCCACUUCCAGCUGGAAGCCGUCCUGCGGGAUUUGCACUCGCGCCGGGCCUUCCUCGCCCUCCGCGCCCCGCCGGUCAUCUUCACCCAGACCUUUGCCGUCCUGGGCCUGGCUCUGCUGGGCAACGCACUCCUUCUUGCCGCCUUCACCUUCCUCCUCUGCUGCUCCGCCGGCUCCACGUCCAUCCUCCAGAACCACGUCUCGGAGUGACAAACUUGGCUGCAGGCGGGGAUGAUGGGUGCUGGAGUCCAAAGCGUCCCGCCGUCGCACUUUAUACCUCAGUCUCAAACCGUCCCGCGUUUCGUGCCCAAUGUUUUUACAAAAUGAGCACUUUAAGUCUUGCGUUCGAGACGUCCGCACCUCCGUUUGGGGUGUUUCCGGGUGUUUUGGACUGCAACUCCCAUCAUUCCUAACAGCCUCAGGAAUGAUGGGAGUUGUAGUCCAAAACACAAUGGGCAUGGACUACGUUAUCAUUGGCAUAUUGUAGUUCUAUAACUGAUGUGUGUAUAGGGCCUGAGGCUGUUAGGAAUGAUGGGAGUUGCAGUCCAAAACACAAUGGGCAUAGACUACGUUAUCAUCGGCAUAUUGGAGUUCUAUAACUGAUGUGUAUCUGGAAUGAUGGGAGUUGCAGUCCAAAACACAAUGAGCAUAGACUACAUUGUCAUCGGCAUAUUGGAGUUCUAUAACUGAUGUGUAUCUGGAAUGAUGGGAGUUGCAGUCCAAAACACAAUGGGCAUAGACUACGUUAUCAUCGGCAUAUCGGAUUUCUAUAACUGAUGUGUAUCUGAGUGUGUCAAGGGCCUGAGGCUGUUGGGAAUGAUGGGAGUUGGAGUCCAAAACACAAUGUGCAUAGACUACGUUAUCAUAGGCAUAUUGGAGUUCUAUAACUGAUGUGUAUCUGGAAUGAUGGGAGUUGCAGUCCAAAACACAAUGGGCAUAGACUACGUUGUCAUCGGCAUAUUGGAGUUCUAUAACUGAUGUGUAUCUGAAAUGAUGGGAGUUGCAGUCCAAAACACAAUGUGCAUGGACUACGUUGUCAUCGGCAUAUUGGAGUUCUAUAACUGAUGUGUAUCUGGAAUGAUGGGAGUUGCAGUCCAAAACACAAUGGGCAUAGACUACGUUGUCAUCGGCAUAUUGGAGUUCUAUAACUGAUGUGUAUCUGAAAUGAUGGGAGUUGCAGUCCAAAACACAAUGUGCAUGGACUACGUUGUCAUCGGCAUAUUGGAGUUCUAUAACUGAUGUGUAUCUGAAAUGAUGGGAGUUGCAGUCCAAAACACAAUGGGCAUAGACUACGUUGUCAUCGGCAUAUUGGAGUUCUAUAACUGAUGUGUAUCUGGAAUGAUGGGAGUUGCAGUCCAAAACACAAUGUGCAUAGACCACGUCAUCAUCGGCAUAUCGGAGUUCUAUAACUGAUGUGUAUCUGAGUGUGUAAGGUGCUUUGUAGUUUUUAAAGGUUUUCUGGUAUGUUGAAUCACAGGGUUGUUGGAAUCGCAGGGUUGUUGUGUGUUGUGCAGUAUGGCCAUGUCCCGGAAGCAUUCUCUCCUGAUGUUUCGCCCACAUCUAUGGCAGGCAUCCUCGGAGGUUGUGAGGGACCACUUGACCGCAGCCUCUUUGCCUUUUCCCACAGGCACGGUACCUAUUUAUCUACUCGCAUUGGCACGUUUUCGAAUUGUGUGUCUUCCGGGCUGCCCGGCCGUGUCCCAGAAGCAUUCUCUCCUGACAUUUUGCCCACAUCUAUGGCAGGCAUCCUCGGAGGUUGUGAGGGACCACUUGACCGCAGCCUCUUUGCCUUUCCCGCAGGCGCGGUACCUAUUUAUCUACUCGCAUUGGCACAUUUUCGAAUUGUGUGCCUUCCAGGCUGUCUGGCCAUGUCCCGGAAGCAUUCUCUCCUGAUGUUUUGCCCAGGCGUGAGGUGUCACAACCAGGGCCCACUUGACCGCAGCCUCUUUGCCUUUUCCUGUGGGUGCGGUACCUAUUUAUCUACUCGCAUUGGCACAUUUUCGAAUUGUGUGCCUUCCAGGCUGUCUGGCCACGUCCCAGAAGCAUUCUCUCCUGACGUUUUGCCCAGGCAUGAGGUGUCACAACCAGGGCCCACUUGACCACAGCCUCUUUGCCUUUUCCCGUGGGUGCGGUACCUAUUUACCUACUCGCAUUGGCACAUUUUCGAAUUGUGUGCCUUCCGGGCUGUCUGGCCACGUCCCAGAAGCAUUCUCUCCUGACGUUUUGCCCAGGCGUGAGGUGUCACAACCAGGGCCCACUUGACCGCAGCCUCUUUGCCUUUUCCUGUGGGUGCGGUACCUAUUUAUCUACUCGCAUUGGCACAUUUUCGAAUUGUGUGCCUUCCAGGCUGUCUGGCCACGUCCCAGAAGCAUUCUCUCCUGACGUUUUGCCCAGGCAUGAGGUGUCACAACCAGGGCCCACUUGACCGCAGCCUCUUUGCCUUUUCCUGUGGGUGCGGUACCUAUUUAUCUACUCGCAUUGGCACAUUUUCGAAUUGUGUGCCUUCCAGGCUGUCUGGCCACGUCCCAGAAGCAUUCUCUCCUGACGUUUUGCCCAGGCAUGAGGUGUCACAACCAGGGCCCACUUGACCACAGCCUCUUUGCCUUUUCCCGUGGGUGCGGUACCUAUUUACCUACUCGCAUUGGCACAUUUUCGAAUUGUGUGCCUUCCGGGCUGUCUGGCCACGUCCCAGAAGCAUUCUCUCCUGACGUUUUGCCCAGGCGUGAGGUGUCACAACCAGGGCCCACUUGACCGCAGCCUCUUUGCCUUUUCCUGUGGGCACGGUACCUAUUUAUCUACUCGCAUUGGCACAUUUUCGAAUUGUGUGUCUUCCGGGCUGUCUGACCAUGUCCCAGAAGCAUUCUGUUCUGAAGUUUUGCCCAGGUGUGAGGUGUCACAACCAGGACCCACUUGACCGCAGCCUCUUUGCCUUUUUCCUGUGGGCGCGGUACCUAUUUAUCUACUCGCAUUUUCACAUUUUGGUAUAAGACUGGAAAAUCGCCCCGUCUCGCGGAUUUGAACCGCCGACCUUCAGGUCAGCAGCUCGGCAACCCAUGGCGCCACCGCGGCCCCUGUUAGCCACCGAUGGGGGCGAAAUGUCAGGAGAGAGUGCUACCGAGAUGUGGCCGGACAGCCCCCAAAAUUCACAGCAACACAGCGAAAGUGGUCGACAAGACAAGACAUGUUUAGAUGACAAAACAUAAGUGCCUUCUAUGUCUCUGGUUUUUGGGUUUGAUCCCAAGCCUCGAAAACUAUAUUUUCCCGAGAUAAGUUCAGCAUCAUUCUUGAUUGACAGCAUCCGCGGCACGGAUAUUUCCCAGUUUAAGUGCCUGCGACACCAGUUGCCUUUUUCCUUAACAGGCUUUUCCGUCUUUCCUUUGCGUCUUAAUGGGUUCCUUGGGCCGCUUUUCCCUCCGUAAAUGCUUUAAAAAUAGAAUAUUUUAUAAUAAUAAUAAUAAUAAUAAUAAUAAUAAUAAUAAUAAUAAUAAUAUUUCCCAUCCAAACCUACAGCUAACCGGCCUCAUUCUUCCCUUUCUCGUUUUGCACUGGGGGAAAAAAAGGGGCAGAAUUUUAUUUUAUAUUCCAGAAUUUUAAAAUGAAAGAGCUUUUUUAAAAAUAUAUAUAUAUUAUUAUAUGUCGCGUCGUUCGUGUCCUUAAACAACAUUCCUUUAUCUGCGUCUUCGGGUUUUUAAAUUUUAUUUUUUAUUUUAUUCUUGGAACGCCAAAAUUCCAAGUUUUUGAACAAAACCACUCUUUUUAAAAAUAUAUUUAUUUGCAGUAUUUAUAUAUAUAUAUCCAAUGCCGGUUUUAACAACGACAAGAUAGGGGUAUUCUAUAGGCUUUUCCGUCUUUCGGCAUCUUUGGAGGCUGUGUUCGGUUCCGGCCACUGGGUGGUGCUGUUAAAAUACCUCCCCGCUUUUAAAGCAGUACCUAUUUAUCUACUCGCAUUUUUGCUUUUCGAACCGCUAGGUAGGCAGAAGCUGGACUAAUAGCCAGGAGCUCACCCUGACCCGGGCUUCGAAUGGUCGAACUUCGAUUGUGCUAAAGCCUGGCCCUAUAUCUAUCUAUUUUUAUACUGACCCGCCAUAUAAUAUCCUGCUACUUUAAUGGAGUGACCAAUGGUUUGCUUGUUUCGUUUAUGUUUUUUUUUAAGGAUAAUAAAACCCACGUUUGGAAAUAAAACAGCUUUAAUUCAGAACUGGAAAGAAAGAGAAAUAAAAUAUAAAACAAAUAAUAA